AUAAUCCCAUGAAUCUUACCUGAUUCAUUCUCUACUUAACUCUCCAGUGUCCAGUUUUAAAAAACAAUACCUGCAGUUUUAAAAAACAAUACCUGUUAUAGUAAAUACCCAUCAAGGCUUGUCCCUUAGCACACCAUUCUCCCCUACUGGGUGGAACUAAUUUAAAAGCAUAGAAUCUCGUGCUUUUAAAUUAGUUCCCAGUGUUUUAGACCCUAUUACUUCAACUGCUAGGCUAUUCCAUGCAUUUUGAAAACUCUGUAAAAAAGUGCUUCCUACCUUCUGUUCAAAACUCUACUUUGCUUCCAUUUAGGCCCUCUUGUUCUUCUCUCUGUGCAAAACUUGAAGUCUUGUCUUGGGUUAACUUUAUCUAGACCAUUUCUGAUUUUAAAGACUUCAAUCAAUCCUCUCUUUCCCUUCUUUUUUCCAGGCUGAAGAGAUUUCAUUAUUUUAACCUGUCCUCACAGCUCCUGUCAUUAAAUCCUGGGAUCAGCCUAGCUGCCCCUCUCUGCACCUUCUCGUUUGCAAUGAUGUAUUUUCUGUAGUGAGGUGACCAGAACUGCACACAGUAUUCUAGGACUGAAGGUCAGCGGGCGUCCUCCGAUCCCCAAGCCAAUCGGCUCUUUACACCCUGGAGCUCCACAGUGGAUGUGAGCUACCGCCCCCUGGAGGACAAAGGCAAGCCCUGCAGGUGUUAGAGCUCACCGGUUAUCCGGCCAGUAGGUGCCGCUGUAGCGCAGUGAGGAGAAACAUCAUGAUGAUUUUGCCUCCCUAACCUUGUGCCAAAACCAAUGCCCUGCACUGUAUUCUCGAUGAUAGGAUCUGCCAUUCCUGUGCAGUUUCAAUAAACGUCACAAAGGCUCCCAUUGACAGCACAGCAGCCUGUUGCCGAACAACUGAUUCAGUUGAAGACGGAGGCAAAGCGCAGGUCUAUGCUCUUCUGAUGAAGCGCAGGGAGCAGGUGUGCAGUUCUGCCCAUGCUGAGUGGAGUGAGCAGUCUGAGCUGCCCAGUGACUGGACUUCAGGGGGAGUGACCUCAUCAGAAGAUGUCCGAGGCCCAGCCCUCCCUGGCUGGAUGGAGGUCCUGAGGGACGGCGGCGCGAACGUCACGCUGUUGGAGGCGGAUGGGCUGGAGUGCGACGGGCUGGGGAACGGGCAUCGCUUCCGCUACAUCAUCGAGCCCCUCCGCCUCACAGUGGAAGGGUACGGAGGCCCCCCCUCGCCGGGGGCAGGCAACCAGAGUGUCAGGCAAGAGCAAUCCAAACAGCAGCUAAGGAAACACGCCCAUUACAUAGAGAGGGAGGCGAGCAGCGUCUACAACACUGACGAGGAGAAGGUGGCCCAGAGAAGAGAGCCUGAAGAGAGCUGGUCCAGAGAGCCGAGGAGCGAGGCGAGCGGGAGGAGGCUCCCGCAGACACAGGGCCCCGGAGCGCGCCUCUGUCAGAGCCCUGCCAAGGAAGGAGAGUGCUCCAGCAGCACUGCGGGCCUCCGCAUCCCCCGACAGGAACCAGAGACGAGGAUCAGAUCCAACAACCAGGUCCAGAGUUACCGGAGCCCUUCCGAACACAAAGAGGACAGCUUGAGCAACGGGUACAGGAGCGUCAAAACAGAGCGGCCAAGCGGGUACCGCACCCCCAAACAACGAGCUUCUGACCGCACCGAGAGCCGCUGCUACCAGGCCAGCCCGGGGCGGUGCCUGGACAUGCAGGAGGCAGGGCGGUUGAGGAUGGGCUCCCCUGUUGAUGCACCCGCUAAUUAUAGCCAGCCUUCAGAAUACAGCCAGCGCCACUUCCCCCCGGGACACAACCAGGAGCAGCUCGGCAGUCCCGGGACCCGCAAGCGGCAGCUGUUCCGGUACAGCGAGGAAGAUCCUGCAGAGAAACACCUGAACAGCACCCUGGGUCAGCCGACUCUCUGCACCCCGGCUCUGCCUCCUCUAUUCCAGGUGCGCGCGGUCUAUAAGGGGCAGCAGCAAGUGCCACAGUAUAACCAACAGCAGCAGACGCCCAAACACCAGAGUCCCCAGCAGCAGCCUCUGCAUCAGAGCCACCAGCAAUCACAGCACAGGGAGUCCUCCUUUCCAGCCAGGACCUCCAGGAGGAUGUGAGUGCAGUAUCAGCGGGGAGACCACUAGAGGGAAGCACUGCGUUACCAAUAUAUAUAUCGCUCCUGCAGACUCACACAGACAUAAAAAAAAAUUUAAAAAA